CCUUGCACGGCUGCGAUUUUAAAAGCACAUUUUACGCGGAUUAUGGACAAAAAAAAUGAAAAAAUAAUCAUCAUAAUGGGCGCAGGUGAAAAGAAUAGGUUAAAUCUGCAGGUCGGUGAGGCAGGAUCCACUGGCUGCCCAGAGAAUGAAGUCAAGCCACUCCAACAUUCAGUCUCACUGGACCAACACUACAGUCACGUCGAGAAUGGGAGCACUGGUAAAGACUGUCCAAGUAAUAUCAUCUCAACUGAAGACAUAAAUCGAGGUUUUCCGUCAAACACCACAGUGCCCGUGUCCUCGAGGAUGCAAGAGUUACUGGAAGGCCUUAACGAGCCCGGCGACUGUGGCAACCCCAUAGAACCUCCUUCCUGGUUAGACAGACAGCUUUUCAACCGAGGGAGGGAGUUCUACUACCGUUAUUUCUUCUGCAUGAGUUUCUCCGAAGUGCUGGCUCUCGUGUUUAUGUUCAGCAUUAUGCGAGCGCUUCGACCCCUCAUGUACACCGGCCGCUCGGACUCCCCGCGGAAGGCUCUGCGGCGAUACUUCUCAACCUUCCAACACGUGACUGCCUGGCACGAGGGGGACGUCUGGGACCCCACCGACCGCGCCCACAAGGACCUGCUGUCGGUGCGAGCCAUACACAACAGGCUGUCGGGCGUCUUCAACUCUUCAAAGGAGCACCACAAAGUGUGGAACACAAACACCCACGACAAGGGCCACGAAGAGCCUGCUUGCCCCUUCUACCACACCAUCCGCGAGGACCUCAAGGAUCAGGCUGGGGAAGGGCUCUCGCUCGAGGGUCCAGACAACCCCCCCUUCUUCAUCAGCCAGUGGGACAUGAGUCUGACCCAGUACCAGUUCAUGGGCUUGGUGGUGGCCCACCCGCGCAAAAUGGGUGCCGGAGCAGCCACGGACGAGGACCUGGAGGGCCUCGUCCACUUCUGGCGAGGACUUGGCUGGCUUCUCGGGAUAGAUGACAAAUACAACUUCUGCCGAGGCUCCUUGGCCGAAGUGCGCUCGCUGUGCCUGGAGGUUGAGAGACUAGUCGGCAUCCCAGCGCUGGCGAAGGUAGACUGGAAUUACGAGCACAUGACCUUCUCCCUCGUCACGGGGUUGAGCCACCUCAUGCACACACUCUCGUUCGAAGCUUGCUUUCGUUACGUGGCAUAUACUCUCGACCUCGACAUUCCAAACUUCAUCAGCCGAAUGUCCUUCACUAGCAAUGUCAAGUACUGGCUUAUGCGCUUUGGCAUUGGUCUCCUGUAUUACUUUCCUGGACUAGGCUUAUGCUUUAGUGAUAGCCUGCGGAAAAUGACAGAAGACUUCAAGAAUCGUCUCUCAACGAAAGGGUAAACAACGGAAGUGAUAACUAAGCAGGAAAUCUUUAUCCAGUAAGGACACCCGAUAAUUAUUGAUAUUAUUGAUAACUUCCAUGCCCUUGAGACUAAAAGCGUUGGCUAAGGAACUGAUCUCAGAACGAGCACUUGCGGUGGGAUAUUUUGGCACAGGAUAAAUGGUUGCCUUCAUUUCAUCUUUUGACAUCUGUUAUUGUAGAUUUGAAUUCAGUGAAAUUAAGUCUCAAGUUUGUUUGGAACUGGCCAUGUCUGUCUUUAUUUGCCAAUAGACCAAAGCAAAGAAAAGCAUAGCGAAUGGUAAUCAUAUGGAAGUGUCAACCAUGUGAUAGAAAAUAAUUUUGUUUCUUAGGAGAUGCCACUUAUUUUGCCAACUCCCAAGAAUGCUUUAAAAGAUACACUUUUACUCUAACUUAGUCCAUCCAUUGAGUAGGGCCAUGAUGAAUAAUUAACAAUGAUAAACUAAAGCAGAGGAUUGUGCAAUUUUUUUUUGCAUCGGUCAUUUGCAAUAUUGAAACUACGAAUAAUUAACAUAAUGAACAUACUCGAUAUCAUCAAAUCUCUGUUACACAAAAUAUCAAAUCAUUAAUAAUUCCAGUGCAACACAUUUCAGGUCUGAGAGGUAUAUGAUUAUAUAUAUAUAUAUAUAUAUAUAUAUAUAUAUAUAUAUAUAUAUAUAUAUGCUUUUUUUAUGAGACCUGAUCUUCGAGUGACCACAUCCCUGCCCUUUACAUCCAUCUAAUGCCAUAUAUUUUUAGUCAAAAUGUUCACAAUUAAUUUUCAUUUACCAUUUAUUAUGUAGACUUACACUCUACUUAUGAGAUACUUGUCUUGAAGAAUAUUACAAAGUGUACUGUACACUUCAUUUUAAUGUUAAGGAUAAAAAUAAUACUGUACAAACACAUUAUGUGACUACAUUAAAUGGAUCAUUAGUCACAACAUUAAACCUGGUUAUUUUGAAUAUAAAGCA